AUGCUGUAUAAAUCACUUCUGUCCCUGUCCUGCCUUGUAUUCUCUGUGGCAGCUGAGCAGGUUUUCCUUUCGAAUUGCCAGUACACUUCCAAUGGCCAGCUGCACAGCGCCUUCUUUUACUAUGCGGACGGCGACCCAAGCGGCACUGAAUUCCCGGCUGCUAACAAUCAAGCGUGUGUAGAAGGCUUUGGAUGUGCAGAUGUGGUUACUUGGGAGGGCACCGUUCGCAGCGGCAACUUCCCGUCUGGCGACAGGUUUACCAGCAACAUCAACGCUGGAGCACAGAACUUGGCUACUGGCCAAUAUGCUGGACAGGGCGAAAAUAGAGAGAGAUUUUUCAACUGUUAUAAAGAUAACAACCGACAACUGUUUGGCGGCGACGGUAACAUCUGCCGAAGCGUCUACUACUGUGUACGGACACCAUGA